GCUGAUGUUCUCCGUUUGAAAGAGAGAAAUGAAAGUUAGUACACUUUGCAGAAGAUAAAAAAGUUUUCUUGCCUUCCACAGUUGCUGUCACUGAUUUGCAAACAGGGUGCAACUGAUUCUUGGAAAAUGGUUUCCUCGUUGGUGCACGCACUUCUCCCUGUAAGCAUUUUGCUGUGGACGGUGAACCCUGCCAUUUCAGACACUUGCACUGGCUACAGGGGCUUUCCGGGGGUGCCAGGAAUCCCUGGAACUCAUGGUGCCAAUGGAAAGGAUGGACCAAAAGGAGAAAAGGGAGAUCCUGGUGACAACACACAGCAGAUGCGGGGGCCUAAGGGUGAUCAGGGCAUCCCUGGAUAUCCAGGCAGGCCAGGUUUACGGGGGGAUGAGGGGUUGCCUGGGCCCCCAGGACCCAAGGGCCAGAAAGGGCAGAAAGGUGCUGUUGCAGAAGUGCCCGAAGACAAGCGUUCGUUUUUCUCUUACAAAAAGACUUCUGGCAGAACGACUUUUACCCCACAUAGAGUCAUAGAAUUUGAUGGUUCGUUUUCUCCUGAGUAUGACGGCGAGACUCUGUCCAGUGGUUUCUUCACAGCAAGACUGUCUGGCAUAUACUUCUUUGUGUACCACAUCUCUGCAACUCAGACUGCCUGCUUGUACAUUAAGAAAGAGGAGCAGAUAUUGGUGAAUCUCUGCGAUAUGUCUCAAGGAGUGCUGGUCACCUCAGGGUCCAUCGUGGUAGACCUGAGGCAAGGGGAGAGUGUGUCGGUGCACACCUCGAGAACGAGCCAAAUCAGUAAAGACGCUGACAGCACUUUCACUGGCUUUCUGCUUUUCCCAUCAUAAGUAUUCAUUAACACCACAGCAUUUCACUUCCAGCAUCUAACCAACUUAACCUAUCUUGCACUCUUGAAGGAGCCAUUAUUAAAGAUUAUUUGGAGUGAUGCCACAGGGUAACCCCUUUGGUUUCUAUGGAGUUCUUUGAAGAACCAUCUACUGAAAGGCUUUUUAGGGAACCAAAAGUGGUUCUAUUACAGCAUCACCCUGAAGGACCCUUUAUAGCAACUUUAUUUUUAAGACCAAAAGAUAUCUUUGUGAUUUCUGAUAUUCAUUUUCGCUUCUCCUUUGCAUUUUUUCUAGUGUGUUCUUGCCAAACAAUGAUUUACCACUGCAAACGGCAAUAAAGUCAUGAACAAAUAGAA